UUCAGAGAGGACAUUGCAAUGGGAUCUUCAGUGUCUUGUACUAGAAAUACAAAGGUUACCAAAACAGAAUUAGAAAAUAAAGAAAAAUCUAAAAGAAAAAUUGAAGAAUGUAUAGAAAAAGAUAAUUUCUCUUCUCACAGUCUAAAGAGUGAUCGUAUUGCAGUGCCUUCUUCCAAAGAUAUUGAAUCUCCGCCUCCUGGUGACCAUUUUGAAGCUCCGCCUAGAAAUGAUAUUGUAACUCCUCCUCCUACACCUUCUAUUAUAAAGUCAACAUUGAAUAAACAGAAAGAAAUCAGUGAUGACAAAGAUACUGGGACAGACAAAAGUACAAACGAGAAAGAGACUGGAAUUGAAGAUAAGGAAGAUGAAAAUAAAUUGAUGACGGUCGAAGAACUUGAAGAAUUUAGAACAAAGACACUUAAUUACCUUAGAGAUACUGCAGAAGAAGUAGUGGCACUUCAGACUUACCACCAAAAUGGUGGAGCAUUUGUUACUGAGAUCUAUAAUGCUGCUAUAGACUUUUACAAAAGUUACUAUGCAUUGGAAAAUGCAGAUCGAGUAAAAAUAGAGAAAUUUAGAAUAGACAUAGCAGAAUUAAUGAUGGAAACUAAAUAUUUCAAUUUGAGCUGUAAAAUUGUAAUGUAUACAUAUAUGAACGGAUGGCGCAGUGAAGACGGAGAGGAGGAAACCAGUAAGACUGUACCUGUAUUAUGCAGUCUUGCAAUCAUGCAUAACCUCAGUGAUGAUAGUGAUGAGUAUGCAAUUGGCCUUGCAAAUGAGCCUGGAUUUCUUGAUACACUCAUAAAAAUACUAAGAGAUUCAAUUCCAAAAUAUUUUGCAAAGGAAGAAAAACCAAAACUGGUUGGAAUUGAAGUCGAUUUUGUUGAAAAUUCUCUAGGUAUUAUUCACAAUAUGUCAAUGAGAGAAACCAAUAUUUCGAGACUACGAGGUGCUGGCAUGGUCUCUUGUUUAAAACCUUAUCUCAAGUCACCAAAUACAAUGCAUGCAUUGAGUGCAUUGGCCAGUUUGGCAGGUAUAAUCAAUGAAGAAGAAAGUGAUGUCAUUAACAGUAACAAGGAGAUUGUAAUGGUUUUGUUAGACUUUAUCAGGAAGGGGAUGAAAGAUAAGAUGCGAAGAUGUAACGGAUGGUCCUGCCGAGAAUGUGUUUUCACUGUCAAGUUACUGGCAAGAAAUGAUGCUAAUAUGAAGACUUUGGUAGAGCUUGGAGCUCUGGAAUUACUUGUGGAGAUGGCCAAAAUUGGCGAUGAUGGUGAACAGUAUGAGAGCGUUUCUGCACUAUGGGCGCUGUGUUUUGACGAAGAUAACAAGUCGCUCAUCACCGGAAAACCGGAACUUGGGAUCGUUGAUUUACUCGUAGAUUUAAAAACUUCGGAAAAUGAGAAAAUCAAGAACGUAUGCAAUGGUGCACUGUGGACACUUAGAGAUGCAUUGAAGAAAACAGUUGUUGAAAAAUACAAGAAAAUAGGGUUACAGCUUCAUAACACAGAUAAAGCAGUGAAAUUGUUCUCAAAUAAAAAGAAAACGACCACUUUGGAAGAUGAUAAGGCAUCAACUAGAGGUCAUGUGAUGAUUUCUUACCAAUGGGCAGAUCAGCAGGUACUUAAAAAUGUACGAGACAACAUCAGGACAAGGGGAUAUAAGGUUUGGAUGGAUAUUGACCAGAUGGGUGGAUCCACUCUUCAAGCUAUGGCAGAGGCUGUGGAAGGUGCUGAUGUAUUCCUCAUGUGUAUGUCCAAUAAGUACAAGCAUAGUCCUGCUUGCAGGGCAGAGGCAGAAUAUGCAUUUCAACUACGCAAAAGGGUUAUUCCAUUAAAGAUGGAGAGAGGAUACACUCCUGAUGGGUGGCUCGGCUUUAUAGUGGGCGCCAAGUUGUUCUACGAGUUCAGCCAAAAGUAUCCAUUUGAAGACAAGAUGAAGGCCUUGCUUAAGGAGAUAGAUAGUGUACUAGGAGGAUCCGAAGAUGUUCCUGAUUCAGGGAAUAUUAUCAAACCUCAGAUUGCUUCUGUAAUGGAGGCAGCAGGUGCCCAUUCUGUUGAUCAUGCAGAUACAGCUUCUUCGCCGAGUAAUGCCGUUGGAAGAAUAUCUGUUUCUAAGACAACCAUUGAUAACGUGAGAAAGUGGACGGCAGACGAUGUUAAAAAAUGGAUUGUCAAGAACCGGCUUGAGGAGUGCGGUAUCAGCAGUUUAACGGGCGGAGACAUCGCACUUCUCGCUAAUAUGCGAGUAGAAUGUCCCGAUUUUUUCUACAAGUGCCUCCAAGAUAUGCUUAGGGUUACGAAUUUGUCAACAUUGUCAACUAUAGUCUGGGCUUUACAUGAUUUAUCUUAAAUUAAACAUGUGCUUACAUAUCUUUUACACCACUUAUAUAUUAUUUAGUUCAGUAAGUUUAGUUAGUUGAAUAAUUUAUUGAUGUAAUCAUUUAAUUGAAUCACAUAUAAAUAUUACUGGCCGUUUUGAACGGAAAAUAUUAUUGGAGCGCCCCAAGCGUAAUGGGUCCAAUUUGGUCCGGAGUAUAUGUCCUACAAACAUAGAGGGAUUUUGAUGAAACUUCAAAGAAAUACGCACCAAUAUGAGAACCCGUGUUGCACUUAAAACAAGGUUUCUAGGUCAAAGGUUAAGGUCACACUUAAUGCUCUAGAAAAAUUCUACACGCAUAGAGAGAUUUCAAUAAAAUUUGGCACAAAUAUUGUGAUGGGAAGUGAUGCGCACUGUGCAGCCAAGUUAAAUGUCACACUAGUGAUUAGAAUAGAAGGUUCAUUUAGUCGUCACUUAUUGUAAGACUAUAUGGUCAUUAUCAUGACCAUGAUUGUGACACAUGCAAUUUAGAAAUACAGUAUUCAUUGCUAUGAAACAUUUCGCUCCAGGUCUCAAGGUAAAAGAUAAAGGUCAAACUUUAGAGGUUAUAGAAUAAUGCAGGUUCGGAGCGAAACUUCUUUUUUUCAUCGGUGGAUUGUAAUAUAGCUUAUCUCAAUUGUUCGACAUUUUAAAGCAGAGAGUCGCUUGCGUAAGACAGGUCCCUUUGGCUAAACUCAAAGUCACACAGAGGUCAAAGUUCAGCUAAAAUUAUGAUGGCGAUAGAAGCAUUUAGUAAUCAUUUAUUGGUGGUGCGUUGCCAGAAUUACAGCUAUGACACAUGUAUUGUAGGUUAAUAUAUUCAAGGCGUAUUUCACAUAAUAUGAUGAAAUAUGCAAGCUUUGUCUGGAGCAUAUCUCCUUCACGCAGGAUAAAAAUUUAAGACUACUUUAUAUUAUAUAGAAGUAGUCAUCGCCAUGAGACGUAUUGCUCACGCAUGGUCCAGGUAUUUAAGUCAAAGAUAUAGUUACACUUAGAGCUAUGUCCUAGGCAAAACUUCUUAAUUCAUGGAGGGAUUUUGAUUUAACUUGGCACAAAUGUUUACAAUUGUUAGGUGCACUUGUAAAAUUCAGAUCCUUGCGACAGAGUCUCACAAAGAUAUCAAAGUUCAGAUAAAAAUAUGAAAAUGUAUAAAUUUAGGAACCAAUACUUCAUCAUUCAUUGAUGGAUUCUUAGAUUAAUGGUAACUAUCAUGACUAUAUGUAUGACACAUGUAAUUUCGGUAAAUACAUGCAAGGUCAAUAUCACUAGAGAAUAUUAAAUAUCCAGGUAUUGUCCAGAGUAUAUCUCAGUGUUCAAGUAUUACAUAUAAUGAGGCUUUUGGUAAUGGUUGCAGUGAACAACCUGUUGUUAAGAAGUGUGUUAUUACAUGCUUUGUCACAUUGUCUUUAAUAACAUGCCCUACCACAGUGUAUGUCAUUACAUGUUCUUUUACUUUGUCUUUAAUUCUAUGUUUGUUUUAUCACAUUGUAUGUUAUUGCGUGCUCUAUCAGAUUUUCUUUAACUACAUGCUCUAUCAUUAUUUCUGAUAUUACAUUCUUCAUUACAAUGCCUUUAUUACAUGCUCUAUCACAUUACAUGUUAUCACUUCCUUAUCACAUUUUUGUUAGAAUAUAUCUUUUAUUAUUGCUUUAUCAAAGUAUUUGUUGUGUCGUGUCUGUAAUAACAUGUUUAUCACAUUGUUAUAACAUGUUAUAUCUAUAUAUAUUAUAAACUUCAAAUUAAGGGUGUAGUCACAUAUUAUACGCAUUUUAUGUGCUCAUCAUUAUUACGCUUUUAAGUUCAAUUCAAAUCAAAGUUUUACCACUUUCGUUCUUUCGUUAUUUGUCGGUAAAGGUGAAAUACUCAUACAGUUCGACAACAUUAAAAAAUAUAUAUAUAUAUAUAUAACAGCAAAUGCGAUUAUUAUACCACAACAAUAUUCAAAACGUGUAAUUUGUUAGUCGCUAUUAUUAUACAUGAUACGGUUUUUAUUCAGAAUCAGAAUUGUAUGGGUUUUUGAAGCAAAAUAGUUAUAUUAAUGAUUACAACAAUAUAUGAGUAGAUAAUAUAUGACACAUAAUUAGAAAGUCUCACUAAUCGAAAAUUUGAUAAAUUAUAUUAUAAAUACGCCUCAGUGCAUGGGAGAUAACACAAAUUAAUGUGUAUUUGCUUUUCAUGUAUAGUUAUGUCCCCUUUCUAUUGAAAUUUAUGAACACAUAUAUAUAUAAGAGACUAAAAUGAUUGUGUACAUAUACUAGAUACAUGCAGAGGUAUGUUCAGAUAAUAUGCAUGUAUAUUUUGUAAUAUUAUAUAUUGUUCAAAAUUUAUUUGUAAUAUAUGUACCACAUGGGUUUAUGACCUUCUGGUUUGAUUGAAUAA